CUCUGACGAGCUCUCGACAAUCAACUUUGCCUCCACGAACACCCCCCUCACUCUCGCCAAACGGCCCCGUCUGUCACCGUCUCCCUAGAGCAGCCGGUCGAUCGCCCCCGCGUCAGACCCCGAGAUAUUUUCUCAGCAGGCUUUUUGGUGACUUAUAGUGACAAACACAACUGUAAACGCAAGACUCUAUACGCCAUCCUCUGGCUCUCGCAAAUAGGCGCUAUCAAGAUUCAUCCAUCAAACUCCAGAAGACAAGAUGGCUGCUGCGGCUCUAGACAAUGCCAAUCCCGUCAUUCUGAGCGCCUCGCAGCUCCCAACCCGGCACAAGCGGUCCGCUCCGCGCAAGGGCCCUGACUGCAGAUACUCGGACCUGAUCCUCUCCAGGCCGUCGUAUAUGUCUCGGCCCUUUUUACAAGACGACGAUGCGCAGUAUCAGGAUGAUACAGCGGCGGCUGUGGCUUGGUCCCGCUUCGGUUCCGGCGCAGGAGGUGCAGAUGACAAUCUAUCGGCCGAGGCCAUCGACGAGCAAGAGAUCUACGAUCUUAUUUCUAACAUAACGGACCCUGAACACCCUGUUUCCUUGGGCCAACUGUCUGUCAUCAAUCUUCCCGAUAUUCACAUCACUCCCUCUCCGGCUCUCGGCGUACCAAGUCCAAACACAAUCGUGCAGGUUACUGUUGAGCUAACGCCUACUGUCACCCACUGCUCCCUCGCUACUGUGCUUGGACUUGGCGUUAGAGUCCGACUGGAGCAGGUGCUGCCCCCGAAUUACCGCGUUGAGGUCAUCUGCAAGGAAAACAGCCAUAGCCAGGAUGACCAGGUGAACAAGCAGCUUAGCGACAAAGAGCGUGUUGCGGCGGCUCUGGAGAAUGACUCGCUAAAGAGUGUCUUGGACAAGAUGCUGGAGUCUUGCAUAGAUAAUUAAACUCGCCCAAUUUCGAAAACCCCACAAGCCGAGAUUCCUUUACGCUGCGCAUUGGCUGAAAGCGUGGAUGUUCGUGCUCGUUCUCUGCACCUCAGCUUAUCCCCUGCGCUCUUGGCUCGUGACACUACGUCAACAGCCAACACAUGGCUUCUAGAUGGUAUUACCAGGGUAUAGGAGCUAAAUCUUCACGGAGCCAAAACGUCAGCAUCAUCCAAGAGGGCAAGCGGGAAGCUUUGACCACGAUGAGAGACCCUCCAUGCAGCGCGGCUGCGAGGUGUGGUUGAAAAUCGCUGCCUAGAAGUAGCAACUCGAUACCGUUACAGCUACUGCUACUCUAUGGCGCCCGAUGUAGUAAGACAUCACGCUCGCCAACAUUAGCCGUUGCCAGGAUGGGAGGUUGACGAAUAAACUUGAUGCGAAUAAACAUAAAUGGGAGUGAAAAAGCCCCCCCCCCCCCCAAACC